ACCCACCCAUGCACGCACACGGAGAAGAGAGCCACAAAAAGCACACGAAAAUAGGCGAAGAUUUCGAAAACUCCUAUUUCUCAGCGUAAGGUUUCUCGUCACGAUGAUUGUCGCAUCCGUUCAUCGAUCAUUCCACAAGAUCAAAAUCAAUCUCUGUAACGCCGAUCUAUUAAUUAAUUACCCUCUCUGUCGACGCCGAUCAAUUUAUUAUUACACAAAUCUCCGUUACGGCGGUGCUCCAAUUCCGGCGAUUUUUGAUUUCUGGAUUUUUCACUAUUUUUGCGACCAGCUACUUCAUUUUUUUCCUCUAUGGAGAAGAAAAAUUGAAUAGAUGCACAUUAGCUUUUUCUCGGAUAUAAAUGGGCAUUCCAGUAAAUAUUACUGUAGGUUCUCAUGUGUGGGUUGAGGAUCCAUCAGUUGCUUGGAUUGACGCACAAGUAUCACAGGUUAAUGGACAGGAAGUUCAAGUUCAGACAUCUGAUGGGAGGAUGGUUGUAGCAACUUUAUCAAAAACUUACCCCAAAGAUGAAGAUGCUCCUGAUGGAGGAGUGGAUGACAUGACUGAACUUUCAUAUUUGCAUGAGCCAGGAGUCUUACAUAAUUUGGCAACAAGAUAUCAACUCAAUGAGAUCUAUACUUAUACUGGAAGUAUUCUUAUAGCCAUUAAUCCGUUCCAAAAACUGCCUGAUUUAUAUAAUGGCCACAUGAUGGCAAAAUACAAAGGAGUACCACUCGGUAAACUAAGUCCUCAUGUCUUUGCUAUAGCUGAUGCUGCUUACAGGGCAAUGAUCAAUGAGGGUAAAAGCAAUUCUAUACUGGUUAGUGGUGAAAGUGGUGCUGGUAAGACUGAAACUACUAAAAUGCUUAUGCGAUAUCUUGCCUAUUUGGGCGGCCAUAAGGGCACUCAAAAACGGACUGUGGAACAACAAGUACUGGAGUCAAAUCCAGUACUUGAAGCAUUUGGCAAUGCCAAAACAGUUAGAAACAACAAUUCAAGCCGUUUCGGUAAAUUUGUGGAGAUUCAGUUUGACAAGAAUGGAAGAAUAUCUGGUGCAGCUAUUAGAACAUAUCUUCUUGAAAGAUCUAGAGUUUGCCAAGUUUCAGACCCUGAACGGAACUAUCACUGUUUUUACCUUCUAUGUGCAGCACCACAGGAGGAGAUCAAAAGGUACAAGUUGGGGGAUCCCAAAUCAUUUCGCUAUCUCAAUCAAUCAAAUUGCUAUGAACUAGUAGGUGUUAAUGAUUUCCAUGACUAUCUUGAGAUAAGGAGGGCAAUGGAUAUUGUUGGAAUUAGCGAGAAAGAGCAGGAGGCAAUUUUUAGUGUUGUGGCUUCUGUUCUUCAUCUUGGUAAUAUAGAAUUUGCAAAGGGCAAUGAAAUUGAUUCAUCAGUUGUGAAAGAUGACAAAUCUAGGUUUCAUCUUCAAACUACUGCAGAGCUUCUGAUGUGUGAUGUUACUUCACUGGAGGAUGCCCUAUUGAGACGUGUAAUGGUCACUCCUGAAGAAGUUAUAAAGAAAAGUCUUGAUCCUGAAGCUGCAGCAGUAAGCAGAGAUGGGUUAGCUAAAACACUAUAUUCUCGCUUAUUCGAUUGGUUGGUGGACAAAAUAAAUAACUCGAUUGGACAAGAUCCUCACUCAAAAUCUAUAAUUGGUGUUCUCGACAUUUAUGGUUUUGAAAGUUUCAAAAGUAAUAGUUUUGAACAAUUCUGCAUUAAUUAUACUAAUGAGAAGCUGCAGCAACAUUUUAACCAGCACAUGUUCAAGAUGGAGCAGGAGGAAUACACUAAGGAAGAGAUAGAUUGGAGCUAUAUAGAAUUUGUGGACAACCAGGAUGUUCUAGAUCUUAUUGAAAAGAAACCUGGAGGCAUCAUUGCUCUUCUUGAUGAAGCCUGUAUGUUCCCCAAGUCAACUCAUGAAACAUUCUCACAAAAGCUUUAUCAGAUAUUCAAGACCAACAAACGCUUUGUCAAACCAAAAUUGUCCCGCUCUGAUUUUACCAUUGCUCAUUAUGCUGGAGAGGUUCAAUACCAGUCUGAUCAAUUUUUGGAUAAGAACAAAGACUAUGUUGUUCCUGAGCAUCAGGAUUUGUUAAGUGCUUCUAAAUGCCCAUUUGUAGUGGGCCUUUUUCCUCCUGUUGCUGAGGAGUCAACUAAAUCUUCAUCCAAAUCUUCCAAGUUCUCAUCCAUCGGUUCUCGUUUCAAGUUACAACUCCAAUCAUUGAUGGAAACUCUGAAUUCUACAGAACCUCAUUACAUUAGAUGUGUGAAGCCUAACAGUCUUUUGAAACCUGCAAUAUUUGAGAACGUUAACAUUAUGCAGCAGCUACGUUGUGGUGGUGUUCUAGAGGCAAUCAGAAUUAGUUGUGCCGGCUAUCCUACGCAUAAGACAUUCUCUGAGUUUAUGAAUCGAUUCGGUCUUCUUGCUCGAGAGGUCUUCGAAGAGCAGGAUGAUGAAAAAGUUGUGUGCAAAAAGAUAUUAGAAAAGAUGGGGCUUGCUGGUUAUCAGAUUGGACAAACAAAGGUUUUUCUGAGAUCAGGGCAGAUGGCCGAGCUAGAUGCACACAGAGCAUUAAAGCUAACUGCUGCAGUUAAGACAAUACAAAAGGAAACUAGAUGUCAUAUUUCUAGGAGAGAUUAUGUUUCUUUGCAGAAGGUUGCAAUUUGCUUACAAUCCUUGUGUCGAGCAAGGUUUGCUUUCAAAUUGUAUGUUACCUUGAAAAGAGAGGCCACUUCUAUCAAAAUCCAGACAAAGUUACGUGGACACUUGGCCCGAAAAUCCUACAUGAAACUUAAAUUAGCAGUCAUUGCUCUUCAGACUGGAAUUCGAGUGGCAGCUGCAAGAGCUAAGUUCAGAUAUGAAAAACAAACCAGGGGAGCUCUGAUUAUACAGGCCUAUGAGCGUCGUCACAAAGUCCUUUCAUACUAUAAGAAACUCAUAUGGGCAUCAAUUUUUACACAAUGCAGAUGGAGGGGAUUCGUUGCGAGGAGAGAGCUUCACAAACUAAAGAUGGCUUCAAAAGAAACUGGUGCACUUAUAGAGGCAAAGGAAAAGCUUGAAAAACAGGUUGAAGAACUUAGAUUGCAGUUGCAGUUGGAGAAACGUCUAAGGAUGGACUUGGAAGAGGCAAAGGAUCAGGAAAUAGCAAAAUUGCAGAAUUCAAUGCGAGACAUGCAAAGCAAACUGAGUGAAACAAAUACACUGUCCAUCAGGGAAUACGAGGCUGCUCCAAAAGAAGUUGAAGGAGACUCUUCGAUUGUUGAUAAGAAACCAAUUCUAGUAGAGGAUGAAGAAAGCAUUGAAGCUUUAACUGUAGAGUUGAAAAAUUUAAAGGUGUUAUAUCAAAAAGAAAAGCAACGUGCUGAUGAUUCUGAAAGGAAAUGUGCUGAAGCUCAAGAAUCAAGUAAAGAGAAGUGCCGGAAGUUAGAAGAAACUGAAAGAAAAGUUCAACAACUUCAGGAUUCAGUUAACAGGAUGAUUUACAGUAUAUCAGACCAAUUCUCAGAGCUGAAAAUGAUAUUACAUCCCUCCUCCGGCCAGAUUUCAGCUUCGGGUGUCAUUAGUAGAGGUUAUCCAGAUGAUGCUAUAUCUGCUUCAGCUGAUGCUACGUGUACCGACUCUGACUUUACAUUUCCAGCUCCUGGUUCAACUCCAACCCAAUUUUCUUCCCCAGAUCCUCGUGCUUUCCAGCUUAUAGUUCAGGAUCUGGCAGCAGCUGAUAUCUCAGGUUCUGGAAACUGGGAAAAUGACCGGGACGGGAUAUUUGAUGACUUCUUCUGAUGGAAAACGUUCUUCAAGUUGUUUUAUCUCUAUACACGCUACAGAGAUGCUAGCCUUAGAUGGAUAGCCUAUUUGGCUUUUAGCAGGCAUCUCAACCAGAUCUAAACUUUUACUUUUGUACACUAACAUUCAGGAUCAGCAUAGCACAUCACUGAAUUCAAGUGUAAAUUAAGAGGUCUAGGGAAGACUACAAAAUCACUUGAUGAGAAAAAGGAGUAUCUGGACUUGCUCAUACACUGUAUUACACUGCACCUUGACUUCUUUGAGGACAGAUCUGGUCGUGCUUGCACUAUCUACAAGUGCCUUAUGAAGCGACGAUCGUUUGAAGUUGAGAGGACCAGUAUCUUUGACAGCACAGUAGAAUGGAUCCACAAGCUAUUGAGUUAUUAAAGCGUCAAGAAAAUGAUGAUAAUAGCCUAUUGGCUAGCUGAUACAUCCACUCUGUUGGUGUUGCUGGAACAUACCCUACAGGAAGUCACAUUGGCUACACUAUUCCAUAGACACAGAGCUAUCAGGGAACUCCUCAAGCAGUUAAUAUUUCUCCCAUUUAUGGUGAUUCAGCUGGCGUGUUGGAAACCGUGGUGCCAGGUUGAAGGCAAAUAUCCAGCUCUUCUGUUUGUUAGCAGCUAACAUCAUAAGUACAGAAGAUUUAUGGACUAAUCUGUGAUGAUUCUGCAUUCUAGUGAUUGAUUUAGGCUUCGAGGUUAUCCAGACCAGGCAUACUAAACGAGACUGCUAACACACUCGCCAACCAGCCACACAACACAACAUUACAAAGGGAAGCAUUAGUGAUACAUACAUUGCUGCUACUCAGGAAUUUUGAGUGCUCACGGCAACAUGUCAAGAGCCUUGCUAUGUAUCUGAACAUGCUGAAAUCCAAUCAUGUUUAUCGCUGACAAAAUGCAAAUUAGGGAGAGACCAGAUGCGCCAAUAAGCAUGUGUAAACCUUGGAAUGCUUGUAGACUUAAGAAAGAACACUCUAAGCAAAAUGUUGCUGCGGGAUUUUUCUACAGUGGAAGUAACACUUUGAGCACAAUUUUGCAGCAGAAUCAAAUCAAAAAGUAAAAUAAAGUAAAUAAUCAAUCAACUACAUCUGUAUCCAAAACUAGUUGAAGUAAAUUAUAUAAAUCCUCAGUAUAUGUUUAGAUGAUUCAUCACAAUUUAAGUAUUUUUGCAUGGGCUAUCAAUCUCGAGGCGGAUCCAAGAUUUGAAGUUUGUGGGUUCCCCCAAGACAAAGAGGGCAACAAAGCUUAAAAGUUUCAUUUUCUGCCAUUGGACCAACAACGCACUCUAUUAAUGGAUUUCCUAGUCGUAUUUCUUA